ACACACAGCAAAUCCAAAGGAUAGGAUCUGAGACCUGUCUACUCUCUACAAAACAUCCAUCAUGGUUUGGAUAGCCACUGCUACUCUGCUGGCUUUGUUAGCCUGCCUGCCAGACAGAGUCACCACGGCAACCCUGAUGAAAGAGCAGCACUCAGUUCAUGAGCGGCCUAAGAGGAUGGUGGGAGGCCUCCUGGCCGACAGGGUGCCUUGGCAGGCGAUGGUGUACCUGGGCGAGGGGGUGUUUGACGGGGGCUACGCCGGCGGAGCUCUGAUCGCCGACCGCUGGGUGCUGACCGCCGGACGGAACCUCUUCAUCCGCAGGAGCCGUAACGACACCAGGGGGAAAGAGCCUCUCGUUCCUAAAGUCUACCUGGGCGUCUCUCAUCUCGCCAGGGCAGACGUCUCAAAAGAAGUGGCCGUGGAGAAGGUAUUCCUGCACCCGGCCUUUCAAAACACAUCAGACUGGGACAACGACCUGGCCCUCAUUCAGCUGAAGGAGCCUGUCGUGUUCAGCGAGUCCGUGUUUCCCAUCCCGCUGCCCGAGCGAGAGGGUGACGACCUGGAGGAGACGCCGGGCACCCUGGGCAUGGUGGCCGGCUGGGGCUGGGGCAUCGACUUCACCCAGUCCAAGCUGCUCAAGUUCACCAAGCUGCCCGUGGUGUCUCACGAGACGUGCCGCUCCCACUACAAAGAGUCCCAACACACGCCGCUGGUGGACGACAACAUGUUCUGCACCGGCCCGGGGCAGUACGAGGUCAACGUGUGCUUCUGGGACGCCGGCGGAGCUCUGGCCCUGAUGCGGCCCGGUGGGGACAAUGGGGUGUACGCGGCCGGCAUCCUGUCCUACGACAAGGGCUGUGCCGUGGAGCCCUACGCGGUGUACACCAAGGUGUCGGCCUACCUGCCCUGGAUCCGAGAGGUCAUGAGGGGGGAUAAAGACUACUCUAACGCACGCUCCUCUCUCAUGGCCCACAUGCUGCAACGCCUGGUUUAGAUAGCGUGUAUUUUUUUCCCAUCAGCUUGAGCGCAUUAUCUACGUAUAUCUACUAUGUGCAUUUUUUUUCGUAAUACAGCAUUUUUUUUACUCUCAGAAGUGAUAUUGAUAAUAUUCUGUACUGGACAAUUUUGUGAAAUAAAAAGGACUGCUACAAAUA